AGGCCGUAUUCAUACCAAUUAUUUGUGUGGGAUCUACUGGUUUGGAUUUGCGUUGACUGUCUGGCUCGUUCAAAUAAGAACGGAAAAAUGCGUUGAAGUGGGAUUCAGUACCUUUUUUAAAGGUUGAGUUAUGAUCCAUGUGUUCAACAUAACUUCAUAAAACUCUUUGAUUUCUCGCUUUCAGAAGGUUCUUUCACAUGGGUAUAACCGAUAACCUCAAUUGAUUGAUUCUUCGCUGGGUCCGGAUUCACUGUCAGCUCAAUUUCCACUUGCUUAAUUCUGGAACCGCAUUGGCUGAUGCUGUUGCAGGAACGGCUCUUGAACUGAGUUGGUUGUAACGUCUCCCUCUACAAGAAUCUGUUCGCUGAGAAAUUCCCUGUCACAAGGUGUCUGCUCAAACCUUUGAUUAAGACGAGAAGAAACAUGGUUCAGACGCUGGAAGCUAUAAAGGGUGGUGGAGGCUCCAUCAGGAUCGGGACCACUGGGACAGUCAGUUCCCUAAUGACAAGAGAAUUAGAGUCCAGCAAAGUUGCAUCUCCGACGCCUGCAUCUUCCAGAAAUAAACAUCAAACAGCUUCUGUUUCUGUUCUCUGUGGUGCUACUACUCCAAAAAGGCUACAACCAAGAAAGUCAUGCGAUGAAGCUAGCAGCAGUGGAAGCAGCAAUGACAUUAAUGCGAGACACCCUGAAGUUUCCCAGAAAACAAAAACUCAUACUAAAAAUACUAGUCAAAUCCCGAUGCUGAGCUCUGAUCAUCCUGGUCUGGAUAAAACUCCUAGUAGGCAGAAAACUAGUAAAAAAGGAACUAACAUUGUUGAAGUUGUGGACAUAAAAUGUGGGAGCUCGGAUAGAGCAUGGGCUGGCCCUAUAACAAACCGACUGAAGAAGCUGGGUUUCUCAAAGCUAUCUGAGAGCAUUGUCUAACCUGGCAAUUUCUUCCCAUCGGAUCUUAGAUUCCUGUAACUAUAUGCAGAAAUACCAGUUGGUCGAUUGUUCUCUGAGACUUCCACCAUAGAACAUAUGCUUGGUAGGAGCCCGUUGCAUCUCUUUUUCUUCUUUUGUGUUUUUAUAACUGAUUCAAAAGUCCGGCCCAAAUGACUAGUAGAGGAAGCCAUGUCUUUGAGUUGGGGAUGAGCCUUUUCAAGCUACAUCGGUUGCUUAGUUUGAGUUGGCUGAAGUGCUCGAUUUCUCUCAUUAUGAGGGAUCCAACGGUGCCUCUGGUGCCUAUUUCUGCAGGAGCACAUGCCGCCAUCUUUGCAGCGUCUCUGGUGGCAACAGUGCCGGAUUUAGACAUGUUCGGUUCUGUUGGAGUUGAAGGGGUGGCUUGCAGAUGACGAGAGGUGGCUUUGGAUUCUGUACUGGUGAGGAAAUUGCUUUGCUUUUGGAACAUCUGGUGUUUUGCCUUUGGUAUUUAACAAGGAUUCUUUACCUUAUGUCCUUUAUCUAAAGUGAACAGCAUUUGUUGGUUGGUUGGUGAUAUGGUCACCUCAUUCAUGUGCUUGCAGAUAAAAAAUUAGAUUCAUUUACUUGUGCCCUCUCUUUUCUAACCAUUUGGAUUAUGUCAUGGAUUUAUUAUGACCGGCUGAUCCUGUGGACGAUGUUGGUUA